GUGAUGCUGGAUAAAAUUAAAAACGUAAAUUAACAUAACUGAAGGUUUGUUACAUUAUGUUGGGGAUUUUUAAUAUAUGUCACCGGUAUCGUUUACAAAAGGGGAAAGAACAUCACCGACACCGCCUAUUGCAAAUGUUGAGCUGAUCUAAUUAUAAUGAUUCGUAGUAAUUAUCUCGUGUCAAGGUAAAUGUUAAUGUAUAAGACAGGGCAACAUACAUGUUUAAGGGUCAGUGUUUCAUGACCUUCAGGAUUAAAUAUUUCGUUUGAUCACAACCUCACAUCGCUAAAUGUUUGUUCCGGAUUUUACAGGACGAGAAAUGGCUUUUAAUCGACCACAAAUCAAUCAAUGAAAUUUUCUCAUACUUCUUCACUUUUCUUUUGGACUUUAUAUCAAACAUUCUACUGGUGAGUAGAAAAUAUACAUUUGCUCCAUACAUAUAAACAGAGGUCUUUGAUAUCAGAGACAAGGAACUUUUUAAGAAUUCCUCAAGAAUUUCUAUGGAGAACGUUAAUCACUCGGACACUUGUAAGACGACUGUUUUUAAGAAUGGAGAUGCAGUUAGAAUGACAGACAGAGAUGAGAAAGCUGAAGACAAAAGUGUUCCUGAAUAUCACUGUGAGAUUUAUAGGAAGACAUUCUCUUCAGAAGAUGAAGUCUUGUCGCACGAAGAAAUACACGGGAAGGAAAAACGGUUCCGUUGUGAAAUAUGUUGCAAAUGUUUUACCACUAAUGGUCAUUUAAGGACACAUAAAAGAUUACACACAGGGGAAAAACCCUUCCACUGUGAAAUAUGUGGGAAAUAUUUUACUCGUAGUAGUAGUUUAAAGCAACAUAAAAGAGUACAUACAGGAGAAAGACCCUUCCACUGUGAAAUAUGUGGGGAAUCAUUUGGUCGUAGUAGUACAUUAACAAGACACAAACUUGUACAUACCAGGGAAAAACGUUUCCCUUGUGAAAUAUGUGGGAAAUGUUUUGCCACUAAUACUAUUUUAAAGGUACACAAAAGAAUACAUACAGGAGAAAAACCCUUCCACUGUGAAAUAUGUGGGAAACGUUUUACCUCUAAUAGUAAUUUAAAGACACAUAAAAGAAUACACACAGGAGAAAAACCCUUCCACUGUGAAACAUGUGGGAAAUCAUUUGGUUGUAAUAGUGCAUUAACUAGUCACAGAAUUGUACACACUGGGGAAAAACGUUUCCAUUGUGAAACAUGUGGGAAUUGUUUUACCUCUAAUAGGGAUUUAAAGAGGCAUGAAAGAAUACAUACAGGAGAAAAACCCUUCCACUGUGAAAUAUGUGGGAAAUGUUUUACCUCUGAUAAUAAUUUAAAGAGACAUAAAAGAAUACAUACAGGAGAAAGACCCUUCCAUUGUGAAAUAUGUGGAGAAUCAUUUCGUUUUAGUAGCACAUUAAGAGCACACAAAACUGUACACACUGGGGAAAGACGUUUCCAUUGUGAAAUAUGUGGGAAACGUUUUAUCAAUAAUUCUCAUUUAAAGCGGCAUACAAGAAUACAUACAGGUGAAAAACCCUUCAAUUGUGAAAUAUGUGGGGAAUCAUUUGUUUGCAGUGGUACAUUAAGAAAACAUGAAGUUGUACACACUGGGGAAAAACGUUUCAAUUGUGAAAUAUGUGGGAAAUGUUUUACCUCUAAUAGUAGUUUAAAGGGACAUAAAAGAAUACACACAGGAGAAAAAAACCUUUCCACUGUGAAAUAUGUGAGAAAUCAUAUAGUUCUAGUAUUGCAUUAAGAAAGCACAAAACUGUACACACUGGAAAAGACGUUUCCAAUGUGAAACAUAUGGGAAAUGACAGUGAAUAGUCAUCAAUAUUUAACAUCACAUUUUCCAUGCUGGCAUGGGUUGGCCAGUUUGACUUGAGUUGGCAAACUGGAGAGCUGCACAAGGCUCCAGCUGUUUGUUUUGGCCUGGUUUCUGUGCUUGAAUGCCUUUUCUAAUGCCAACAUGAAAUGGUGAAACAUGUUAGAAAUCAUUUUCUCUUCUCUUCUUGUAAUCCACAAAUACCAUCCGGAGAAAUUUCUGUUCGCUUUUAAUUUUUUGACUGAGACACAAUUUCAUGAAUCAUGAUGAGGAAAAUGCAAAUGAGAGACAUUCAUCAGUAUUUUAACUUCCACAUUUUCACACUUGACUGGGUCAGAUAGGAUUUGUUGAGUCAAUCACUGUGGUCAGAUGCCACUCUUCCAAUUAAUUACAUUCCCAGAGUGGUUGGUGUUAGGAAGGGCAUCCAGCCAGAGAAACCAUGCCAAGUCAGACGGGAGUGUGGUGCUGCUUCCAGCUUACCAACUCUGGACUAACCGUCCAACCCAUGCCAGCAUGAACGACAGAUUCUAAAUGAUGAUGAUUUGCCCCUGAUUGGUAAUAUUUUCAUAUAGGAAUGGGCUUCCUUCAAUUUCUGUCUGUCAUAUCUACUCACAUGUCUUUGGGUGGACUCAUUGUUGUGGGCUUAUGGAAUUACUGGCAUACUGAAGUCGUCAAUAAAGACAGGCGUUAUUGAAAUAUGUACAUAAUUAUAGAUGCUAAUUUGUGUAUGAGGAUUUAAAUGAAAAUGUCAAAAUAACAAAACAAAAACUAAAUAAUUUUUUUCACUCCCCAAAUAUUAUAAAGGAUUGAUUACUUUUAAUAUGUUCCAUAUUUUGUAGUCAAUGAUUUACUCGUUAUUCUACAUUUUUUUAUUUUCUACAAUAAAUGCUUUCCAAAAUUUCAUAAA